AUGCCGAAAAGUCCCACGUCCCGCUGUGCGAUGAAGGAAAAGAGCAAAAACGCGGCCCGAUCGCGGCGCGAGAAGGAGAAUGCCGAGUUCCUGGAGCUGGCCAAGCUGCUGCCGCUGCCGAGCGCCAUCACGUCGCAGCUCGACAAGGCGUCCAUCAUCCGGCUGACCACGUCCUACCUGAAGAUGCGCCAGGUGUUCCCGGAGGGCCUGGGGGACGCGUGGGGCUCGCAGCACAUCCCGAACAAUCCGCGCGACCUCGCCAUCAAGGAGCUCGGGUCGCACCUGCUGCAGACGCUGGACGGGUUCAUCUUCGUCGUCGCGCCGGACGGCAAGAUCAUGUACAUCUCCGAGACGGCCUCGGUGCACCUCGGGCUGAGCCAGGUCGAGCUGACCGGUAACUCGAUCUACGAGUACAUCCACAACUACGACCAGGACGAGAUGACGUCGGUGCUGUCCCUGCAGCCCAACAUGUUCGUCACCUCUCCGGUUGGGGCUGGUGGUGGCGGCGGUGGCGGCGGUAGUGGCGGUGGCGGCGGGGUCGCCACCAUGGCCGACGUCCACGGUUCGUCGGCACUGCUCGGACCCGGUGCCACCGUGCUCGCCAUGGUCGGGGAUACUGCGGCGGUGGUGGAAUCACCCAUCUCACCCUUCGCCGGACUGCUCCAACCGGCGACGCCGGAAUCCCCUCCACAGGGCGCUUCGAUGGCUGCUCCCCAGUCGGCAGGACCCAAUGAGCUACCAUCGUUGCAUCACCACCGUCAACAUCACCAGCAGCAGCAGCAGCAGCAGCAGCAGCAGCAGCAGCUGGCGGAAAGCCUUUCCCCGCUCGGCUCGGCCCCUAGCACACCGUUCGUGGGAGCGGCGUACGGGUACGGGCAGUCCCACCAGCACCACGGUCACUAUCAUCAGAACCACCACCACCACCACCACACCUACGGCCAGCACCAGCACUCCCAGACGAUCGAGAUCGAGCGGACAUUCUUUCUGCGCAUGAAGUGCGUGCUGGCGAAGCGGAACGCUGGCCUCACGACGAGCGGCUACAAGGUGAUCCACUGCUCCGGCUACCUGAAGGCUCGGAUCUACCCGGGCGACGCGACGUACGGCGAUGGGCACAGCUGCAUCCAGAACCUGGGCCUGGUGGCGGUCGGUCACUCGCUCCCACCGUCGGCCAUUACGGAAAUCAAGCUCUACCAAAACAUGUUCAUGUUCCGUGCCAGCAUGGACCUGAAGCUGAUUUUUCUCGACGCCAAGGUCGCCCAGCUGACGGGGUACGAGCCACAGGAUCUGAUAGAGAAAACGCUCUACCAGUACGUCCACUCGGCCGACAUCCUCCAUAUGCGCUACUCGCAUCAAAUCUUAAUGUACAAGGGACAGGUUACGACGAAGUACUAUCGAUUCCUUACGAAGGGUGGCGGGUGGACGUGGGUGCAGUCGUACGCCACCGUCGUCCACAAUACGCGCUCCUCGCGCCCACACUGCAUCGUCAGCGUUAACUACGUGCUUAGCAAUCAGGAAGUGCAGGACCUGCUGCUGAACGAGGUGCAGCACUCCUCCAGUGGCAACCACGUGCACCAGCAUCAGCCGGCGAACGUGAAACCGGAGGUAGUGUCGGUUGUCAGCAGCAAGAAUACGAGCACUGGCAGUGAGGCGUCGAACGACCGCAGCAACGAGCCGGCUACGGCGCUAGUAGCGUCGGUGACCCCGAGUACGGCGGGCGUUCCCACGCACAUGUCUCCGGUCGGUGGUACGCUAGCAACCCGCAGCUCGACGAACACGGUGCCGUCGCAUCCGGCGACCUACCAGUACGGUGCCCUGGCGCCGAUGACGAAGGACUACCCACAGGCGGCCCCGCUGCAGCAGGACCAGCAACAACAGCAUCAGCAGCAGUACCCGCAGCAUUAUCAGCAGGUGCACCAGCAGGAUCAGCAAACCCAGCAACAUCACCAUCAACUCCAGCAGCAACGCCAGCCGUAUCAGCAGCAGCAGCAGCAGGCGAACUUUAUUCAGUUGGCCGCGCUGGACGGUGACGCCAGUAUGGGAGCGGUGCCGGUGGGGCCUUCGGCCUGUUUGGUCGCGCAAGGCCAUGGAGUCGCGCCACCGAUGGCCCUGCACAGCGCCGCGCACGACAGCUACGAGCUGCAGAUGGCCGGGUACGAUGGGUCUGCGGCCGGUGGUGAGCCGAGCGGUGGCGGUGGCUACUGCCUGAACCCGAUGGGCGGUGGGCCGGAGUCUGGCUCCGGCCAACCGGAAGCCGCCGCAGACGCCGGACCGUUCCUGGAACCGUACUACGAGCAGUUCUACGGUGGCGGGUACGACACCCGGAACGAUCCACUCGGGUUGCGCCCGUUUUCGGCCAGCUCAAACAGCUGCAGCAGCUCGGAGGGUGACGGCCCUCCCAUGUCGGCUCCGGUGCACUCGCAGCAACACCAGCCCCAGCAGCAGCUCCAUCACCGGCACCAGGAACCGCCGCGACCGCAGCCGCAUUCAGUCUAUGCCGGUGGGCUUGCGGACGCCGAUGGACAUCAUGGGAACGUGCAGCCUCUCGCCCCUAUGCUCUCGGUGGUGUCCGGUGUGCUGCGGCAGGCGAGCAACCUGGCGUCGGGGCCUGGAUCCGGGCUCGAUUACGGCGAUCUGCUGGAGACCGACAGUGUCGACGAGCUUCACUUUGCUUCCCCGAACGGACAUCACCUCCAGCAUCAUCUUCAUCGGGUCGGCUCCUACCUCUACGAGGCGCCCCUGAAUGGUGGCAAGGUACCACGCGGUGGCACCGACUCCCCAUUUGACACCGUACUCUCACAGCAGCAGCAGCAGCAACAACGCUCCCUGCACGGCUACCUUGAAGAUUCCGAACCGGGGCAGCAGCAGGGUUCGUUGCGUCAGCUCAGCGAACCGAUGGACGAGGCGGCAUCAGCGUUGAUCCACGGCCUCGACAAGAUGUCCCCGAAGCAGGCGACUACGGUUUCUGCUUCCGGCAGAAGCACCACGGCCACAACGGCCAAUGAGAGCUUAACUAAUAACAACGCUAAUCACUGUAACGGGGGCACUAAUGGCGACCCAACCGCCAACCCACAUAAUAAUGGCCACUAUCCACACCCGCAGCACCACCUCGAUCAGCGCAACAACAAAAGCAAAAACAACAACAAUGACAGUAAGAUUAGCAACAACAACGACAUUUCCCAUAGUGCCGGCAAGCGGUACGCGCGUUCGUCCGUGGCACUCGCCGACCAGCCGGACGUCCAGGAGCACUACGCCGACAGCGCGUUCGGUUCCUCCCAGUACACGAGCGUCAUCGUCGAGUCAUCGGCGUCCUCGUCGUCGCCAACGUCGUCCUCGUCGUCGUCCUCAACGUCCUCAGCGUCCCUGCCGCAGGCGGCGACGGCCGGCGAAUUUGGCCGUACUUAGGCGGGCCACCGCCGACACACUGCCUUUUCGAGGCACUUUAAUCAGAAUGAGCACGGGUAGCCGAUUACAGCGGAUUAGAUUAUGAGCAUUAUAUUUUUAUGGUGAAGAGCGCCAAACGGCACCCGGAUGUGCGGAUAUCCGGAAUUCAAUCACUAUGAGUCGAGUCGGGAAUGAGUUUGAUUGCGUUAAUAAGUGUUUUUGUUUGCUUGCUUAACUUGAUUAAUAUAAUAUGCCCUUUCGUUUCAUCGCACCACCUUUGUUUGCUUCGCACCCUCGCGCUAUUGCACCGUUACACUUUUCCCGGCAGGAGGCGCAGCGGCUUUCAUCCUUUUUCGUUUUGGAUUUCCGCUCUUUUUUACGUUCGCUUCGCUGUGAUGUGUCGCUCGUUCUUUUAUUGUUAGUGAGCCACCAAAUAACACCAGAGCAGGAUAGAUUGGCGAUGAGCAUAAUGAUCGAAGUUUUGUUGGGAAUAUAGAGUUGGAAUUCAAAUUGCAUUCAUGAGGCAUGCUAAACUGAACAUCAUGCUCAUUUAUCUGCAGAAAACACAUCGCCUACUUGUACCUGAGUAAAAAAGUGCACAGAAAUGUGGAAACAUACCAAGUGUUGUGUUGGAGCGUUGGAAAUCACAAUAAGUAUUGGACGAGCAGGAAGCACAACAUGAGACGAAACAAGACCAACUUUUUCACAAAGAGCUGCAGGUGUCCAUUCGGGUGGAGCUUAGAGAACACAUGCGCCAUCAGACUGGUUUCGUGUAGGUCAAACCCGAAAUCGCUGCGAUUGAUUGUGUUCUAGUGUAAGUGUACACUUUCGACGUCUUCUGUGGUUCUAAUUUUACUCAUGAUUCAUAUACAUGAUUUUCAUAAGCCUCAUACAGUCUUUCUCCUUUACAUAAAUAAACUCUCAUAGUUUUCGGUGA